AUGGCUGAGCAUUUGAUUCAGUUGGAGUCGGAUAGGCCAUAUGCAGAGUAUUUUGCAUGGAGAAAUGGAGGAUGGACAGUUGCUCCGUGGAACGCUCCCGGUUAUCGGAAUGGAUACUGUCGAUUAUGUGAACGUCUUUGGGAAGAGGAGCAACUACCGAAAGUGCUUGACUACAUCGAUUGUUCUGAAGCCUUGGUGCAUCUCGUACUUUUUCUCAACAAACUCCUUGUGAAACUUUCGUAUGAGCGAACUGACAAGGCAGCGUUCAUAGUUGGCGUCUACGCUGCAGUCCAUACAAUCAGUGGCUAUCUCGGUCUUGCAAUUUCGGUGAUGGUCCGUGAUGUAAUCGCAUAA